AUGACGACUGGCACUGCAACCAAUACAACGUCUAUAACCCCGGCUGAAGGUGUUGUGGUUACUCGCCUGCCUAUGGAAGACGACCUCGAGCUACCACCUAGCACCGAGACCAAGUCGAUCUUCCACAUCUACGAGAAGCAUAAGUGCCAUAAAAGCAUUACGCCAGUCCUUGAUCCCAAUCUGGAACGACGGUCUGGCCCAACGAUCAAAGAACAGAAGGCUACACGCAAGAAGGAGAGAGAGCGUCAAGACGCUGGACUAUCUAGUGUAGAACCAGACGAUAAUGCUUUCUUCCUUCACCGACCAUACCUCGCCUUCCACGUACCGCCUCAAGUACUUUACACCGGGAGCAGUAAGCACACCGCGCAGCCAGCUAUCCUGAUACACGAAGGAUGUUUCUGGAAAGAGUACACACUGCAACUCCUCCCAUCCACCCCCGGCAUACUCGACCCACGCGGCGUGGUACCAUGGCGUCACAACGGUGGCGACGAGAAAGCGCUGAAAGGCGAUCACCACAAGCUCAAAGGGUACAAAGUGCGGACGUGGAGAUUGUGGGGUGAGACGGGCAAGGAUUACGUUCGCUCCGUGAAAAACAUGCGUAAGACUGGCGAAGGACGGGAUCCCGAUGUUAUUGCCAGGACGAAUGGCAAGUUAGAAGAACCUGCGACAGCCGACGAGGUGGUGUAUCUAAGGUGGAAGAGCCCUCUUUCUCGUAACACGAGAUGCUAUCAUUUCCAGUAUGUCGGUAUUGACUUUUUCUGGAAAGGAACAGGUACUAUCAAGGAGACUCGAACGUGUGGUGUCUUGUUGCGAUUCAACCAUCUGAAGCUAGUCGCUAGGCUACCCGUCACUGAAGAGAAGAAAGAGAAGCCACAGGAGGUAUGCUUGGGGGUGUACACGUCGUCUGUUGCGAGUAGAAAGAGUGGUACUAUGGAGUUCUUCGAUGCUGUUAUACUGCGUUUGGUUGAUGAAUAUGCGCCAGAUAUGCCCCCUCGAAGUGAGAACGGGACGGAAGAGGAAGAGACGGAAAGCGCGAGGCUCUUGCGCAUGAAGAGGAGUAGGUUGUAUCAGGUAUUUGUGGCUACUGCGAUGUGUAUGAUCAAAAGCGAGAAGGAAAAGAGGCAUACUUUGCUAGAUCUGCUGGUGAAUGUUGCUGAAGGUGGUGCGGGUGGCUAG